AUGUCUUCUCAUCUUCAUCAUUUUUGGGGCCUAUUCCUCUCAUCGCUCCCUCUUCAUUUUGUUCACUCCACAUUUGCAUCCCAUGUUUACAUUGUAUAUUUAGGGCUCACCCAAUAUAAUGAUCCCUAUCUCACUUCAAUCUCUCAUAUUCAACUCCUCUCUAGCGUCUUUUCAAGUGAAGAAGAUGCUAAACGCUCCAUGCUUUAUAGCUACAAGCAUGCUUUCUCUGGAUUUUCAGCAAAGCUCAGUUCAACCCAAGCUGCCUCCUUAGCCAAGAUGGAAGGGGUGAUUUCGGUACUCGAGAGCCAGACACUCGAGUUGCACACUACAAGAAGCUGGGAUUUUUUAGGCCUCACUUUAGAAAACAUCAAAAAAAAUGAGGUGGCUCCAUUGCAGCUUGCCUUUGGCAGUGACAUAAUCGUCGCGGUGUUUGAUACAGGUGUAUGGCCUGAAUCUGAAAGCUUCAAGGAAGAGCCAUUCAUGGGGCCUAUUCCACCAUGCUGGAAAGGAAAAUGUGUUAAGGGAGAAAAUUUUGAUCCAGCAACAGCAUGCAACCGGAAAUUGAUCGGAGCAAGAUACUACCUUAAGGGUUUUGAAGAAGCAUACGGACCAUUGAACAUGAGUAGCAAAAAAGAGUAUCGUUCUCCGCGCGAUUUCCUAGGCCAUGGCACACACACAGCAUCGACAGCCGUUGGAUCCAGGGUCAGAAAUGCAAAUUUUUUUGGUCUAGGGCAAGGCACAGCAAGAGGAGGAGCACCUAGGGCUAGAUUAGCUGUGUAUAAAAUUUGUUGGAGCAAGGAUCUUGAUGGGAAAUGCACUGAGGCUGAUAUUCUAGCAGCGUUCGACGAUGCCUUGCACGAUGGAGUUCAUGUAAUCUCAGCCUCCUUCGGUGAAUCCCCGCCUUUGCGUCCAUUCUUUGCAUCAAAUGCGGGCAUUGGAUCUUUUCAUGCAAUGCAACUUGGUGUCACUGUGGUGUUUUCAGCUGGCAACGAUGGACCUUUGCCCUCGUUAGUUGGAAAUGUUGCUCCAUGGAGUAUUUCCGUGGCCGCUUCCUCCAUUGAUAGAGCUUUUCCUACUGAAAUAAUAGUCAAUGGUGACUUCUCUAUCACGGGAGAAGGCCUAAUCAGCACAGAGAUUAAUGCAAAAUUGGCAGAUGCACUCAAUUACUUCAAAAACGGGGUUUGCAGUAGGGAGAAUUGGAAUAAAACAGUAGCCAAACGGCCGAGGGUGGUGUUAUGCUUCUCCACCGUAGGUUCGGUGGACAUUGGAGAAGCAGAACUAGCUGUAAAGAAGGCCAAUGCAUCUGGGUUGAUCUUUGCUGAGCCUGUGGCAAGCCAAAUGGCUGAUGUUGAUAUCAUCCCAACUGUUCGUUUAGACAUAGAUCAAGCCACUAAACUCAAGGACUACUUCGCUCAGUUCGAAAACCUUCCUCCGGUGCAGAUAAAAGCAAGCGAAACAAGCAUAGGAAAAGUAUCAGCACCAAUAGUUGCAUAUUUCUCUUCUAGAGGACCAAGUUCUAUUUCACCUGACAUACUAAAGCCAGAUAUUACUGCUCCCGGAAUUGGUAUAUUAGCAGCAUGGCCUCCUUUAACUCCUCCAACUCUGCUACCGGUAGAUCGCCGCUCCGUGAAGUGGAAUUUUCAAUCAGGAACAUCAAUGGCAUGCCCUCAUGUAUCUGGAGUAGUUGCCCUACUCAAAUCUGCGCACCCCAAUUGGUCGCCUGCAGCCAUUAGAUCCGCUCUCAUGACCACAGCUUCUAGUAGGGACUCAACACUUGACACAAUCCUGGACGGGGGAUCAAUGAAAGAUUCAAAUCCCUUUGACAUAGGAGCCGGCCAUUUGAACCCGAUAGGAGCCAUGGAUCCGGGGCUAGUUUACGACAUAAAACCAAACGAUUACAUAAUCUUUCUAUGCAACACUGGCUACGACGAACAAAAAAUCAAGAAAAUAGUUCUUCCCAUUCCUGGAAAGGACAGAGCCUGCAGCUCAAAGCCACACAAAACCAAGAUUGCAGACAUAAACUAUCCAUCGAUCACAGUUUUGAAUCUCCGAGGGACGACGACAGUCAAGAGGACUGCAAGAAACGUGGGUUCAAACAGGAAUGCGAUAUACUUUCCUAGCAUUGUGAAGCCUGAUGGAGUGGAGGUAAUGGUGUGGCCAAGAAUAUUGAUAUUCACAGUUUUGAGGGAAGAAGUGUCAUACUAUGUGACAAUGAAAGCAGUGAAGAAAUCUGAAGGGAGAUAUGAUUUUGGAGAGAUACUUUGGUCAGAUGGGUGCCAUUAUGUGAGGAGUCCACUGGUUGUGCAUGUCAACAACACUGGGGAUUGCAAUGAAGAACUCAUCAGCUCUCACAUAAGUAUUUAAUAAUUAGCAGCUUCAAAGCAUGUUAUUGAGAAUAAACUGAGUGUGUUUAUGCAGUGAUUCUCAUUUUAUCUAGAACAAAAUGAAUACAGAUUAUGAUCUGUUUUCUUAUAUAUAUUUGUAUUUUCUCAACAUUUUAGCCUCAUCAGAAGGUUGCCUUAAUAAGCUAUUAUCAAA